ACAAUAUCGUUACAUGGUACACAAAUGUUUUCGAAGUACGUAUAAUUGGACCAAUCAGAUAUUUGCAAUUUUUAGUUUUUGUUUAACAGCCACUGAUUUGAAAAAUAUAAUCUUUUUCUAGUUUGGAAAUUUGGCAACACUGAUAUUGCACAUUUUUAAUGGUGAACGUACCCAGAACUUGUUGUAUGAGUGCUACUUGAGUUGUUCUCUUGAAACAUUAAUCUUUGUCAAAAAACGGAAUUAAAUCGCGCACAUUUUCGUGCGAUUUUCGACGUAGAUUUAACCAACAUCAGUGUGCCGAUAAAUCUGGUGAUAAAGCACCAUUUCGAACCACCGUGUUUCGCUGGUUUUCCGAAUUCACUCGAGGUCACCGUUCGCUACCGAAUGAUUUUCGUGAAGGUCGUCCAAAAGCGGCUGUUGUACCAGAAAACGACAAACAUAACCAAAUAUUGCAAGAUCGUCAUGUGGCAUAUGAAGACACACUUGGGCAUUAAUUCCACUCAAUAUUGCAUGAACGUUUGGUUGUCAAAAAGAUUUGUUCAGUUGGAUACUGAAUAAUUUGAUAAUCGAUCAAAAAAGCUCGUGUCGAUUGAUGCAAAGAAAUGCUGAAAACAUUUCGAAAGACGUGUGUGUGUGUAUAAGAUCGUGUAUGCUUCUACGACUGAUUGCGACGCCAGGCAGAAUCAGGUUUAACACAAACAAAGACGGUUACCUGAGUAUAGAUGAGCUGAAACGUAUGAUGGAAGUCUUGGGAGCUCCACAAACACAUUUAGGACUGAAAGCGAUGAUUAAGGAAGUAGAUGAAGAUGGAGAUGGUCGUUUGUCCUUCCACGAGUUCAUGCUAGUAUUUCGCAAAGCUCGGGCGGGAGAACUCGAAGAAGACUCUGGUUUAGCACAGUUAGCUAAACUUACGGAAAUCGAUGUUGAAAAAGUCGGUGUUAAUGGUGCCAAAGAAUUCUUUGAAGCUAAAAUUGUCGAGCUGGCGAAAAAGAGUAAAUUUGAAGACGAAAUUCGCUUAGAACAGGAAGAAAGAAAGCGCCUCGAAGAAGAGAAAGCUAAUAGAAGACAACAGUUCUUAGAAAAAGCUGCAGUUUUUAAAUAUUGACCACGCGAUUGCCGUUUAAGGACACCACCCAUAAUUGUUUAUAUAUAAAUAUAUUAAUGUUCAAAGACCUUUGUUUUCUACGUCAAAUUAAUAUGAGUAAAAUCAUAUAAGUAAUAAAAUAAUAUUUGUUCCUAUUAUUUAUUUUUCCAAAAAUACUUUUCACAAAAGCUUUCUCAUUAUUUUCGUAUUCUCCAUUAUCCUUCACCUUGUGUAACUCCUCCAUAUAUUUCAUUGUCUACAAUCUCCCCCCCUUUAAACAAUAUUUUCCUGUUUUUUUUUCUUCUCACAUUUCAAAUAUUCAAAUAUUCUUUGGUUUCAUCCACUUGUCAAUAUUGUCUUGAACUCAUCAGAAUUCAACUUGAUCCAAUAACAGGUUGGAUACAUUGUAGUAUCGCAGGUCUCCUUCAUUUCUGUAUUUCAUGAUGAUAAGAAGUGAUAUUCCAAUUAAAGUUCAAUGUUCUUUUCAGUAUUGCCGCUUAUAUUCUUGAUACUUCAAACCUGUAGCAAAGGUUAACUUCUAAGUUGUGUUUGUCCUCUUUCCCAGUCCUUAUUAGCUCACGUGAUAGUUACUACUAACUGUGAUAAUUUAAAUGUAAUACUACUGGUUACACUAUCUUAAUUUCCAUUUCUAUCGUUUCAUUACCGCAAAAAUUAUGUACAGAAAUAUUUGCUGACCCCCAUUGACCUACAGAUUAAAUAUAAUGAUGUAGAAAAUAAUGGAGCUUUGAAUGUAGCAUGUACCUAAUUUGUGCAUUUAUAAGCUUAUUGAAAUGUUUCAAACUGUGCCAGAUCAUUAUUUUUGUUUGAUGGAAAACAAUUUCAAAAAUAGUGUGAAUUGCCUACAGUUCCUCAUGUUUAGAAAAAUACGAAAGGGUUCCAUUAAUUUUCAUUGGAUCUGAGAGACAAUUUUCCCAAUAUAAAAUAUAAAUUAAUUGACAAAAAAAUGCCAUGUGGUUCUCUGAUAUAUUCAUACCUUCAGUUAAAUAUGAAAUUUGUUUCUACAGAUUUCAUAUUUAUUAGUUUCUAUCAAAGGCAAAUAUUUCGGUUUUUCUAAACUUACAGGUGCUUUAGAUCUUAGAUAUUCCAGUACCCCAUUGAACCAAUUUAUAUCUGGUAGUCCAAAGUUUCGAAGUAUCCAUGAGUUCAUAUUUUAGAUUGUACCUUAAUUCAAUGUGGGGAAUUUUUUAAAUGAUUUCUAAGUCAUGGUUAUAAUUAAAACUAUUUACUCAAGACGAAAAGGUAUACAUAUAUCCAAUCAUGAAUUUAGUAGCGAAAUUCAAAUUAUUAUCGGUGUCAUGAAAUUCUUUAACAAUGAAAACAAAUGAUUGGAUACCUAUUCAAUUUAUAAGAAACAGGGGUAAUUUGCUCACUUAUUUUAUAGGGUUAGUCUCAUAAAUUGUACCACUUGUCAAAAUAACAAAUUUAAAAACUAAGCAGCUUAGCCUGAACGGUGUCGUUUCAAAUAUGAGAGCUUUUUCUAAAAGCGGAAAGCAAAAUCUUUUAUCUCUGUUGACACAGCCUUCGUUGUAGGAGUUUGAUUAAUACUUCAACGAGGGAUUGCAUGUUUCUCAUUAUAAACAAGAUUGAUAAAAAAAAUUCACUAAAAUGUAAAGUUAUGUAGGAGCUAUGGCCGUCAACAAAAAGUUUCUUGCUAUUCAUCUCGAAUCUGAGUGAUCAACCGCUGAAUCCAAAGGAACUCAAAGGGGCCUAUUAUAGUAGGACAAUUGGAAAAAUUCCAGACUCAUUACAGUUAUAUAUUCAUCUUUGGUACCACAAAUUUUAUUCAAUUGAUUGUCUUUUAUGAAUUUCAGAUAACCAGUUCCUAAUUUGGUCUUGAGAUAGGGAUGAUCUGAUCUGCAAAACUUCUAGUCAUUAAAGGGGGAUGAUCACUUCAUUAUAUAUCCACUUAUACUGGCACUAGUUGUAAUUCCUUAUCUAAAAGUCACCACAAAUAACUGCAGAGAAUGGAUAUUUGAGUAUUCUUAGGUCCUACAUUGAAUCAUAUUUUCAACUAUAUAUGUUUCACCGUAACCCAAUCAUUUUCGUUUAGUUCAAUGACUCGAUUAGUGUUUUUCUUUAUUGAUGUUAGAGUAGGUUUUGGGGUUUCCAAUUCCUUAUUGGCCCGUCUUGAGGUAUUGAGCAUUUUAUAUUUAUUUCUGGAAUCUUUUGCGGGUAAGCGUAGGAAGUAUUAUUUUUAAGACACUUUACUAUCUUCAGAUAGUGGAAUUCCACUAAUACUAACGAAUGUAUCAGAAAUAUCCAUUGGUACAUUUUCUAAAUGUAUUAACUACAUUACCAAUACCAAGGAAUACUUAGUAUGUUUGCUCAGCAACAGUGGAAUAAUCAUCCCAAGUUUUUUGUAAACUGUACGGUUUUGAGGUUUUUGGGCCAUUCGGGACCAACUGCACUUUAUUGUCGAAUAUCUCUUAUGUUUAUAUAUAACCAGUAUUCGAUAACUCCAGGAAAAAACCAGGUGAGGCUGUCGUGUUGAGUUCAUGGUAUUUUUCUACUAAAUAUGAUCAUCGGUGCCACAUACUAUCCAACAGCAUUGCACAGGCAAUCAUGGUUGUAUUAAAACUUGUUCUUCGGCUCUAAAGUUUGUAUUUUUUUGGCAGGACAUUUUUCAUGAACUGUAGAAAGCCACUUUGGUCGACAUUGUUUAUAUUAAACAUGCAAAACUUCAUUUUUUUAUCUUUAACUUCACUACUAAACAAAAACUCUUGCAGUCUGCUUGAUUAUAGACCGUACGCCAUAUUUUAGAUUGGACAUAGCUCCCCAUGUAGAGGUUUCCAGAUAUUAAGAUGGUGCAGUUUUUCAGGCGGUACAAUAUAAGACACUUUCAUUUAUUAUUUUAUUAUGCUGAGCUUAUGUAUUAAUUGUGAUAAUUAUUUUUGUAUAGAUGUUUGAAUAUACUUUAUAAAAUUA